UCGAGACUCAUUUGUCGCAACGUCGUCUGGUUAGUGAUCUAUUCUUCUCUUUAUCGUUCUAGGGUUUCCGAUACCGGCUGGUACUCCUUAAUUUUAUGCGUUUGGUCACGGUCUUUGUAUAGUUGGAGAUACGAUAAUGGCGGGCGGUAAUUUAUUGCAUAGGGUUAUGUCUUACGUGCUUAAUCAGCUUGUCGUUGAUACCCUCUCUAAUAGUAUCGCAUUCCAAAGGUUUGCUGUGAGGACAAAUAAGAGAAUUGAGGCUGUGUCCAAAAUGGCUUCACAGAAGAAGCAGGAACUUUCUGAACAGAUGAAAGAUUUCUCAGAAAAUUUCCAGUCGCCGCCCAAAGAUCGUUGAAUGCUGUGGUGAUGAACUGUUCUUGCAAUGAACUUUGAAUCUCUCGUCUUUUAACCCCCCCAUGUCCACUAAGAUGAGCUUUGUAAAUUAUGAUGUGGAGGAUGGUUAUUGUUGCUAGUUAUUUUUGCCAAUACAAAUAAGCUGUUUUUCUGAUG